AUGCCACCUAUGUCAUUUAUUGGGACUGUCACGCGAUGCGGGAAGAUGGAGAAGACGGCGACGGUGACUGUGACGCGCCCUAUGCUGCACAAACGGACUGGAAAGCUCAUCGCGAAGCGCAAGAAGUUCCUUGUACAUGACGAGCAGAACAAACUCUUAGAAGACGACCAAGUCGUCAUCCGAAACUGCCCACCCGUAUCCGCACGCAAACGCUUCACUCUCGAGCGCGUAUUGGCCUCACCCGCAGCGGAAGCCGCCGCCAUCGCAGCGGCCGCGACACGGGGCACCUCGAAUUCGCCGUCAACAGUAGCUUCGGAUUUGAGCGCCGCUCAAGCAAGAGCGAAGCAGGCUGCACAGGCGACGGAGAAAGCUAGGCAGGCGUUGGCGGAGGUACAGAGGUUGAAGGCGGCCAAAGAGGCAGCACAGACGGAGGCGUAG